AUGGGAGUUAGGUCUGCCUCAAGCUCGUCGUCUCCUACGCGCCGAGAGAUGUAUCAAAAGAUGAGCGCCUCGUCCUCCUCGCUGGUCGGGUCGCUUAUGAAAACGUGGAAGUCAUCGAGACAUUCGAGUGCACCCGACAGCUCAGAUGGCAACAUUGAAGCAAUGCAAAAGCCAGCAUCUUUUCUCCGGCGCUCCACAAGUCACACAAGUCCAGGGCCUAGCCAUAUUCACAUGAGUCCACUCAGAAAGUCCCUGUCCGGUAGUGCAAAUAAGGAUAAAUCGCACCACCACGUCCAAAAGAAAGAUAGGUACUUCACAGAUCUUGACGAAGACUGGAGUGCAGUAAUUGAGGACUCUAAUACGCCAAUACCAAUGACCUCUAAUGGAGGGAUCGAGCUCAAACCAGCCGUCACCGUGGGCUCAGCGUCAGAUAAAGACCAGUCGGUGUCACGAUCAGUAUCUGCCUCAGCGAGCUACCCAAACCUGCCGCGGCUCAACAAAACGCAAAGUACAGGACUCAAGUCGCAAUAUGAGCAGGAAAACGAACGCAAACUUCAAGAACUGAAUGCUCUCAUGCACCGUGUAGCGAAGUUCGACCUAAUACUCCAUCCUCCCAAUGGAAACCAAGUAAACCUCAGCGAGCUUCGCCGCCUAAGCUGGAAUGGGAUUCCGAUGGCCCACCGGCCGCGAGUGUGGAGGCUUUUGAUUGGCUACGCGCCCGCUAAUAUCAAAAGACAAGCUACCCUUCUUCGACGGAAGCGGCAAGAGUAUCGCGACGGUGUCGCACUCGUCUUCUCAAAGGAGCAUACCAGAGACAUUCCAACCUGGCACCAGAUUGAAAUCGACAUUCCGCGGACAAAUCCGCUCAUUCCACUUUACCAAAACCCGCUCGUUCAGGAAAGUCUACAAAGAAUUUUAUACUUGUGGGCAAUACGGCACCCUGCAAGUGGCUACGUUCAGGGCAUUAAUGACCUAGUAACGCCGUUUUUCCAAACAUUUUUAACAGAGUACCUCCAGCCGGCUCAAAAAGAAGAUGUGGUCAAAUUGAGCCCUGAUACGUACUUGACUCACGAGCAGCUUUUGGACGUAGAAGCAGAUUCAUUUUGGUGCCUCACUAAGUUGCUUGAACAGAUUACCGACAACUACAUUCAUGGCCAGCCUGGAAUUUUGAAACAAGUCAAAAAUCUAGGACAGCUUGUCAAACGAAUUGACUCCGAUUUGUACGAUCAUUUCGCUCGCGAGAGUGUUGAGUUUAUCCAGUUUGCUUUUAGGUGGAUGAACUGCCUUCUCAUGCGAGAAUUUAACAUGGGUAUGGUUAUAAGGAUGUGGGAUACCUAUCUCUCUGAGACCUCUUUGGAAUCUUCUGGCUCCGAAAGCUCCAGUAUGCCUGCAACAUCUGACAGCUCUCUGCAGAGCUCACCCGUUGCUGGCUUUAGGGAGGUUUCAUCCUCGUUGAACUUGCAAAGUAAACAUGCAACGGCAGGAUCUAAUCGCCAAACCUCCUUGAGCGAAUUUCAUGUGUUUGUCUGCGCUGCAUUUCUCAUCAAGUGGAGUGACCAGCUUAUGAACAUGGAUUUUCAGGAAACUAUAACCUUUUUACAAAAUCCUCCCACAAAAACAUGGAAAGAAACUGAUAUUGAACUACUUCUAAGCGAAGCGUACAUCUGGCAGUCAUUAUAUAAAGAUGCUACGUCUCACUGGCGCUAG